AUGUCCGACGUUGGUUUAAUCGGUACCUUUCCUGCCUAUCGUCUGAGAGUGAUUGGCUACGGGAUGGCUGGCAAUUUGCGCAUGAGGCCCGGGUCCGAUAUCGUCCUCCACAUCUACGACAUCGCACCUGCUGUAAGCCAUCCCUUUGUUGACGAGUACGGCAGUUAUGGAGAGAUUGAUGUGUCUGAGUCGCCGCUUGGUUUGGCUAAUAAGUGCGAGACCGCCAUUUCUAGCUUGCCUAUGGGGAAGCAUGUGAGAAAUGUUUACACUACUGGAGACUAUUGCGUUCUCAAGGCAGAGAAGAACACCAAUCACCUGAUUAUUGAUUGCAGUACUAUUGAGAUUGAGUGUACACGGGACAUGUGCAACACUAUUAUCGACACUGGUGUAGGUACUUUCGUAGACGCGACUGUGUCUGGAGGUGUUUAG